AUGGAUUUGGGAAAGGACCAUAAGACACCUGAUCCUCAUCGAGAAGAGAACCAUGCUCCAGAAACCAUUGGAACUUGGAGUUUGCGAAACAGAGAACAACUCAGGAAAAGAAAAGCUGAAGCACAAGAAAAGCAAACUUCACAAUGGCUAUUUGGAGUACAGAAAAAACACAAAUGGCAGAGAACAGGAAAAGGAAAUCAAAGAGGCAGAAAGAGACAAAGAAAUACAGAACUGAAGGUGGAACCUCAAUCACAAAUAGAAAAGGAAAUGAUGGAGGAAGCACUGGCACCUAUGGAGAAAAAAACUGAGCUACCUGGGAGUGUAACUGAAGGCCUUCCUUUGGUAGCCUCCCUGCAAAAAGUUAUGCUUGAGGAACAUUUUUCUGAAAUAUGUCAAAAAAACAUUAUACAUCAGGAAAGUUUUUCUGAGUUCCAAGAACAAGUGGUAGAAAACCAUCCUUCUAAAACAUGCCAAGAUAUGGCUCAACCUGAAGACCUCUCUCCUAAAAUCUGCCAAGAAAUAGCUGUACUUCAAGACCAGCCUUUUAAAAUGUGCCAAGAUAUAGCUGAACCUGAAGACCUUGCUUCUAACAUGUGUCAAGAAACAGGUGUACCCAAACCCCUUCCUUCUACAACAUCUGAAGACAUAGCUGACUUGGAAGGAUGCUCUCCUGAAGCAUAUCCCAAACCAGAUGUGCCUAAAGGCUAUGCUCUUGAUACAUAUCAAAAAACAGUUGAACCCGAGGAAUACAAUUCUGAACCAGAUCAAGGAAUAGCUGAGACCGAAACCUUCUUUCCUAAAACACAAGAAAUAGCUGUGCCUGAAGACCUUUCUACAAAAACAUACCAAGGAACAGUUGAAUCUGAGCACUUUUCUCAUAAAGCAUAUGAAGAAAUUACUGUGCCUAAAGCCACCUCUCUUAAAACAAUCCAAGAAACACCUGCUCCUAAAGAAUAUGCACCUGAAACAUACCAAGAAACACCUGGGCCUGAAGAAUAUUCAACUGAAACAUAUCAAGAGACACCUGGGCCUGAAAAUCAUUCAUCUGAAAGAUACCAAGAAACACCUGGGCCUGAAGAAUAUUCAACUGAAAUAUACCAAGAAAUACCUGGGCCUGAAGACCUCUCUACUACGACUUAUAAAAAUAAGGAUGUGCCUAAAGAAUGCUUUCCAAAACCAUACCAAGAAACAGGUGGGCCCCAAGGCCAGGAUCCUCAAGCACACCAGGACAAUACAAAGGAUGUUUGUACUUUUCCUAAAGAAAAGAAAGAAAAACCCAAAGCAGAAGAACCAGAAAUACCAGCAAUUCCAAACAUUCCUCAAGAAGUUCUUCCAGAAAAUGACAUCUACAGUUAUGUUUUGUUUUAA